AACCGUUCAAGCUUUUCAGUUUUGGAAAGUCUAUUGCUUUGUAUAUGCUCCAAUGGCAUCUGUAAGAACCACAGGUGCUUUUGUAGCAGCCGUCUCUAUUUCCAUGGUAUUGUUCUCUUACUUUCUAUGCAAUUACAGAUCCAAAAGAAAGGCUCCUUCCCCCAUUUCAAAGAAUAAAAAACCAGGAAACGGACUCAUUCAUGCUGUUGGUAACACUCCCUUGAUUAGAAUUAAUAGCCUCUCUGAAGCUACUUGUUGUGAAAUUCUUGGGAAGUGCGAGUUUCUGAAUCCAGGAGGGAGUGUUAAAGAUAGGGUUGCUGUGAAAAUAAUUGAAGAGGCACUGGAAUCUGGCCAGCUAGUUUGUGGUGGAGUUGUUACUGAGGGAAGUGCUGGAAGCACUGCAAUUAGCCUGGCUACAGUGGCUCCUGCCUAUGGAUGCAAAUGCCAUGUCGUUAUUCCAGAUGAUGUUGCUAUUGAGAAGUCUCAAAUUCUCGAAGCUCUGGGAGCUACUGUUGAAAGAGUGCGACCAGUUUCAAUUACACACAGAGAUCACUAUGUCAACAUUGCUAGGAGACGGGCACUGGAAGCAAAUGAAUUAGCAUCAAAGCUUAGAAAAACUGAAAAGAUUGAUGGCAAAUUCUUAGAGCAAAUUGACGGUUGCAUAUCUGAUGUAGAGAAAAAAGAUUCUAUUUUUUCAAGUUACUGUAGUGGUGGUUUUUUUGCUGACCAGUUUGAAAACUUGGCAAAUUUCCGGGCCCACUAUCAGGGCACUGGACCUGAGAUAUGGGAACAAAGUGGUGGUAGUUUAGAUUUAUUUGUGGCAGCUGCAGGCACAGGCGGCACUGUAGCUGGUAUUUCAAGUUUUCUCCGAGAAAAGAAUCCGAACAUCAAGUGCUUCCUCAUAGAUCCGCCUGGUUCUGGUUUGUUCAAUAAGGUAACAAGGGGAGUGAUGUACACGAGAGAGGAAGCUGAAGGAAAAAGGUUAAAGAACCCAUUUGACACAAUAACGGAAGGAAUUGGAAUCAAUAGAUUAACACAAAAUUUUAAGAUGGCAAAACUUGACGGAGCCUACAGAGGCACAGACAAAGAGGCUGUUGAAAUGUCAAGGUAUCUUUUGAAGAAUGAUGGCCUCUUUCUGGGGAGUUCUUCAGCCAUGAACUGUGUUGGAGCUGUUAGAGUGGCACAAUCACUUGGUCCUGGUCACACAAUUGUGACCAUUCUGUGUGAUAGUGGGACGAGGCAUCUGAGUAAGUUUUAUGAUGCUCAGUAUCUGUCUGAGCAUGGUUUGACACCCACAGCAACUGGAUUAGAGUUCCUUGGUAUUUAAAUGAGAUUUGGUCCUGACCAUAUUUUUAUCCAGAAUCAUAGAAGCACAAUGAGGCUAUUUUCGUUUGCUGUGAAGUUUCUUGGUAGGGCCGGCCUCCACCCUCCGAAAGUUUGAUGUGAUUUUUGGUGAUGACAGCAUAUGGAAGCGGUAACUUUACCGUGGAUCAAAAUACCAUUUACUUCAUAAGGAUUAGGACACACGUUAAUGCGUGUUAGGCUGGCAGGAUAUGCUUUAGAAUCAUUUGUAUUAUUGUUGAUCAUCAAUUUUUAGUUGAGACCAUCUGUCGAAAUUUUGGGACCUUUAUGUCUUUUAUUGUGUUUGUGCCUGGAUGUGUGUAAUUUUCAGAGCAUCAUAGCUUUUUCCUACGAUUUUUUUUUUCUUUUUCAGUCUCCAGGAUCAUUUUAAAGCCUCCACGAAGAGAAACUGCUUUCCUGCAAUUCAUUUGACACUGUAAUGGAAUGGAAUACAACUGAGAUAUAAAAUUAUCGUUAUUUUUCCAA